AUGUCAAUCUUGACAACCUUUAUAAAAUACGUAGUUAAUUUAGUCUUUGAGAUUUUCCUUAAAGCUGUAGGAUGUUUUCGGAAAAUAUUUGGCACUCAACAUUAAUUAGCACUAAUUUUGGGAAUAAAUUAUUCUCCAACACUAUUUAUAAAGCUACAGAACACAAGUUCAAAUUUCAAGCAAAAUAAUUUUUAAUCUCAUAAAUUAUGGAAUUCAAAGUAAAACAAAAAUUUUUAUGUUGUUUCAUGUCCUUUCUUAACAUUGACAGACACAAUAGAUGAACGAGAAAAGUGCAUUGAAGAAUAUUAAAAAUUCUUUAGAAGGGAAGCUUUGCUUAAAAGCUAAAUUAAAUGUUUAUAUAUAGUUACUGAAUAUGAUAGGACCGACAUAAUAAAAGCCAAUUUGUUAAGUUGUAUUAAAUGGUUCCACUAGUAUAGAGAUUUGAUUAUAAUUGUUAUUACUUCAUUUGAAAAAGCUGAUGAUCAAAAAAAUAGUUCUGAUGAACUUUACAAUGCUUUGUAAAUAUUUGUACAAGCUGACAAGAGAAUAAUCUUAGUAAAUAAGAAUACAGAUUCAGAUCUUUUGAAUGAAUAAUUUUUAAAUGCUGCCUAAUAAGUGAGUAUGAAGGGAGAAUUUCAUCCAAGAAAUACAAUUUUUGAAGGAUAUGAUUAAUAGGAAGGUAAUCGAAUAAUGUAAUAGUUACAUUUAUCAAUAAAAAAAUAUAGAAUAUGA